AUGUCAUCAUUAAUAAACGUAUUAGAUAAAAUAUCUGAACAAAUCAAUAUUAUCCUUGGAAUUGCAUUUUUCGUAUUGGGUAUGAUUGGUAAUUUUUGUAAUAUUUUAGUCUUUUCACCAAUUCUAAAGACAAAAUUAUUUCCAUCAAGUCCAUCACGUCUUUAUAUUUUAAUAGGUUCAAUAGCAGAUUUCAUUUAUGUUUUAUAUUUAUUAUCAACUCGUAUAUUAAUUUCGGCAUUUUUUAUUCCAGUAACAAAUACAAGUCCUUUCAUGUGUAAAACACGUUUCUAUAUAGGACAAGUUUGUACAUAUGCAUCAUUAUAUACAACAUGUUUCGCAACAAUUGAUCAAUAUUGUCUUACAAGUCGAUCAGUCAAAAUUCGUCAAUUAAGUCGAUUAUCAUUAGCAAGAAAAAUUUUAUAUCCUUUAAUUAUAUUUUGGAUUUUAAUUAAUAUUCCUGAAUUAUUUCUUUAUGAUGUAUAUCCAACCGCAAAUGGAAAAUCAACUGUAUGUACAGUUUAUUCACCUAUUUGGGAUUUUUAUUUUACAUAUAUACAAAGUUUAAUUUUACACUGUAUAAUUCCAUUAGUACUUCUUAUUGUAUUUGGUUUAUUAAUUAAACAUAAUCUAUCAACUGUUCGACAACUUCAUCCAUCAAUAAUUCGUCAAAUGACAAGAAUGAUUUUAUUUCAAGCAUUAGCUAUGGCAAUAUCAUUAUUCGUGAUUACAACUAACACUAUUUAUCAACAAGUCACACAAAAUAUUUCACGAGAUUCUCUACGUAGUUCACAAGAAAAUUUAUUCUAUACAAUUGCAAGAUUAUUUAGUUUUGUCAAUUAUAUGGUAUCCUUUUAUAUUUAUUUAUAUUCAUCAAAAUCUUUGAGAAAAAAUUUUAAAAAUGUACUUUUAAAUCGACCAAUUGAUUCAACUACACAUACAACAGGACAUCAACCAAUUGUUCAAACACGUAUGGAUCAAGUACGACCAACAGCACUUGAUUAUAAUCAACAAUAA